AUGGCAUCGGUGGAGCCGUCAGACAGCAGAGAAACCUCUAACUCCUCUGAGAAAGUUGAGACAUUUCCUGCAUCAGGGAAGCAACAUCAGGAAGUGAGCAAUGCUAAGAGGUCUCGCCACUGCCCACACUGUGAUAAGAGUUUUCCAUUCCAGUCAUAUCUUGAAAGACACCUGCGAAUACAUACUGGAGAGAAACCUUAUUCCUGCUCUGUCUGUGGGAAGUGCUUCACUACAUCAAGUAUUCUAACCGUUCAUCAGAGAGGGCACCCAGGAGAGAAGCCUUACCACUGCUCUGACUGUGGGAUGAGUUUCUCUCAACUGAGUGGCUUGAAAGGGCACCAGCGAACACACGUUGGAGAGAAGCCUCACCAUUGUCCUCACUGUGAGAAGCGUUUUCCAUUCCCAUCACAUCUUGAAAGACACCUGCAGAAACAUUCUGGAGAGAAGCCUUACUCCUGCUCUGAUUGUGGGAAGUGCUUCAAAACAUCUAGUAAUCUAACCUCUCAUCGGAUAGUUCACACAGGCGAGAAAUCGUACUCCUGCUCUGACUGUGGAAAGUGCUUCACAAAAUCUUAUAACCUAACUGUUCAUAAGAAAGUGCACACAGGGGACAAGUCUUUCUAUUGCUCUGACUGUGGGAAGAACUUCUCUCUACUGUACAACCUAAAAUUACACCAGAGAACUCACACAGGAGAGAAGCCUUACUCCUGCUCUGACUGUGGGAAGUGUUUCACCACAUCAAGUCAUCUAACUGUUCAUCAGAGAGUGCACACAGGGGAGAAACCUUACUAUUGCUCUGACUGUGGAAAGAAUUUCUCUCAUCUGGAAAGCCUAAAAUUACACCAGCGAUCACACACAGUGGAACAACCUUACUCGUGCGCUGACUGUGGGAUGUGCUUCACCUUAUCACAUAGACUUACAGAUCAUAAGAGAGUGCACACAGGGGAGAAAUCUUGCUGCUUUGACUGUGGGAAGAGUUUCUCUAACCUGUACAGCCUAAAACGUCACCAGCAAACACACACACACACAACAGUAACCUUGUGAAUGUUCUGAAUGUGGAAAGUGCAUCACAAAAUCAGUCUGUAACCAUUCAACAGUGAGUGCAAACAAGAGGAAACUCUUCCUUCUACUCUG